AGUCAAUCCAAUCAUGUGAGCUCAUCCAUCAUCUCAUCAGACACACGCCACGCCCACAAUCGCCGGUAGGCCGGCCUGGCACACGCAUCGCAUGCCACAAGUAGAUACAUCGGUUUAUUCACAUGUGUCUGUCUGGGUAUGAAUACGAUAGCUAUCGAUGCCAAUGCACCAAAAUGUCCGCAAAGCAAUUUCUUGCAAGGCAGGCCCGGCCUUCUUUACACCAGCCAUUUGUCAGGCAUUCAUUAUGAGCAACAGCAAUUCGAUCAUCAUUACACGCGCAUCGAUCGCAUCACACGGGCACACAGACACACAGGCAGGCAGGCAGCCAGGGGUGGGCCACACACACACAGACACCCACAAGCAUGGACAGGCACACACAGGUCAUAAUGUCGAUGUCUCUCUAAGGUCUUCCCAGCACGGUGGCCGCCAGUGUGCCGGUUUGGCUGGCGGCACCCACGCCCCCUUGGGCCGACUGCCGUCAGCCGUGUACCACUUGUACUCCUGCCGCCAUCUGCCGCUGAACUGAUGGAUAACGAAAAUCUCCGGGCUGUGGCAGUCCAUCGUGGCGUGUGAGUGGCUCUGCAAAGGGGCGAACCUGUUGACCCCCAGCAGCCUCACGUCGCCUGUCUGAAAGUCUCCCCCCUCCCUGACGGCGGUGCGAUCGAGCCCAUACAUGGCCAUGUAGUCCAUCACGGCCCGGGAGAAGACAGUGGGUCCGGUGAGGAAGACGCUAUCGACGUUGGUGGGGGUCACCCGGAGCUGCGCGAUCUUCUGCAGGACGAGGGCGAUGGUCGCAUAGAGAAUGGGGUGCCUGGGGGCGAAUGCGAAACACCAGUUGGUGAACUGGAGGUAGUCCUCCUGGGGCUUGUUGAUUUCGACGCCGAUCAGGCCUGUUAUGGCAUGUCAUGGCAGAGCAGAGAGGAGAGAACAUGCCGUGCAGGUCGAUGGAUGGAUGGAUGCCUCUCUCUUCUCUGUCUUCUCUCACCUCUGGACGAAUGUCCGUAUGGCUGAUCCCACCUGUCGAUGGGCACUCGGCAAUCGAUGUCGGUAUCGAGGAACAAGCCCCCCUUGUCAUAUAUGAUCAAGUAAGACCACACAUCCUGGUGCCAUUCCCAACACACACACACACCAGACGCCAAAGCGGCCUGUGCGGCCCGAGCCCCUCCUCCCCCUGUCUGUGUGUGCGGACAAAGUCUGACCUUCUUUUCAACAGUGUUCUUCAAGAACCUCCACGUGUCGAGUAUCCCCGGGAACGUCGCCCUGACGUACUCUUCCAUGUCGAUGUCGUCAUAGACGACAAACCUCCACCCGGGGUUCAUCCUGGUGCAUUUCUCAAAAUUCCUCUGCUCCCACCUCGCCAUAUUCUGCUUGUCGCGCGUCGUCAUGAACACCUGCCGGGGAAUCGCCGGCACUGACGGGGACGACUCGACCGAUGAUCUCACGGCCGGUCCGUCGGCUGCAGCUGCAGUGGCGGGGUCAGUGUUUGCACAGGCUGGGCAAUGGCAGUCUUGUUCCUGCGAUAUGAGUUGAUGGCCGGAGCCGCGGAGAAGAUGGGCCCGCCCGGCUGACAGGUGGUCGGUGGCGGAGGCGGCGUCGGUCCUGCUGAUGCUGAUGCCGCUGCUGCUGACAGCAGCAGCUGUGGCCGCAGAUGCGAUGGAUGCCCUUGCGAAGUUGGUGAGCAGCAU